AUGUUAGCAUAUGCAAAUAGUUGGUCAUUAGAAGUGUUUCAAACAUUAUUUGAUAUUUUAGAAGCCAAACAAGAUGAACCAUUUCCAUUAUUAAUAAAAAAUUUCUUCGAUACAUUAACUGUUAUUAGUAAUUAUGGAAUACAACAUGAUGUAUUGGAUAAUCAUGGCACAAAUGCUGAAUCUAUAUUCAAAUUAAAAGAUUCAAAUCAAUGGCCAUCGGCUAUGCAUAAAUUUGCUAUAUCUGUAUCAUUUGAUCAUGAUGAGCGUGAAAAGACCUUAAAAGAUCUAAUUGAAGAAAUAAAGAAGAAUAACGAUAUCGAAAAUAAUAAACAUUUAAAUGAUACAAUCGAAAAUCUUGAAGAAAAAUAUCGAAAUAUAAUGUUAACCUAUAAUCUCGAUUCGAAAUUUUAUUCAAUUGGUAAAUCAAUUAAUCAUUGGGAUGAAAAUGAUGUUAAAAAAUGGUCAGCACAUUACAAAGAAAAUUCAAGUCAACGCUCAGAACAAUCAACCUAUGAACUCAUAUGUGUUGUUAAACGUGCAGUUUUUCUAUAUAAUACAAAACAACAAUUUGAGCCAAGAACAAUUCAAAUACUAUCAUUAUUGUUAAUGUUAAAUGCAUCCAAUGCUAAUAUUGCACGUUUAGCCCAAAUCAAAACAGGUGAAGGUAAAAGUGUUAUAAUUGCCAUGUUUGCAGCAAUUAAAGCGUUAAAUGGUCAUAAAGUUGAUAUUAUAACUACAUCGCCUUUACUAGCUAAACGUGAUGCUGAAAAUAAACAACAAUUUUAUACAGUGUUGAAUUUAACUGUUGGGGAAAAUAGUGGUUUGUCGACAACAAAACCAUGCUAUAAAAACGAUAUUGUUUAUGGGAAUGUCAAUGAUUUUCAAUUCGAUAUAUUAAAAGAUGAAUAUAGUUUAUUAGGUACACGUUGUCAACGUAAAUUUGAUAUUGCAAUUGUUGAUGAAGUUGAUAGUAUGUUAAUUGAUGAUAAUUCAAAAAUCUGUCGUUUAUCAAGUAAAAUUCCAGCUAUAGAUGAAUUAAAAGUUUUAUUAACUGUUAUUUGGCAAGAAUUAAAUCGUACAUAUGAGAAAAUUGUUCGGAUAAAUGAGAAAAUAUAUUGUAUUACAGUACCAUUUCAAAUGAAUGAUAAUAAUGAAAUAAUAUUGUUAAAACCUGAAAAAACUGAUGAAAAUGGUAAUGUUAUAGAUACUGAUGAUGAAAAUGAUUUUCAAGAAAUUAAUGAUCCAUAUGAAUUUAUUGAAAAUCAUUUAAAAAAUUAUACUGAAAAUUAUUUAUUAAAACCUAAUGAAAAAAAUCAAUGUCUUUUGAAUAUUCCAAAACAUUUGACAUCAUUUGUAAAGGAACAACUGAAUAAAUGGAUAUUAAGUGCAUGGCAAGCAAAACAUUUUUAUCAUGAAAAUAUUGAUUAUUUAAUCAUAAAUAAUAAAGAUAGUAUUCAAUCAAUUGUACCAAUUGAUUAUAAAAAUACCGGUAUUAUACAAAUCAAUACAUCAUGGCCUGAUGGUUUACAUCAAUUUUUACAAAUAAAACAUAAAUUAAGAAUAAGUGCUGAAAGUUUAACAACAAAUUUUCUCUCCAAUGUUGCAUUUUUUAGUCGUUAUGGAAAGAAUUUAUUUGGUUUAACAGGAACACUUGGGUCAAAAGAAGCUAAAGAUUUAAUUCGCUAUAUCUAUAAUGUUGAUUUUGUCAUUAUACCAUCAUAUAAAUAUACACAAUUCAUAGCCUAUCCUGAUCAAUUAAAUCAAUCUGAACAAGAAUGGUUAAAUAAUUGUACAAAUUCAACUUACACUGAAGCUAAAAUAAAUCAACGAGCUGUUUUAGUUAUUUGUGAAACAAAAUCUGAUGCAUCAAAAAUUCAUGAUAAAUUAAUUGAAAAAGAUGAUCAACUUAAGAAACAAAUUAAACUAUAUACACGUAGUGAUAAUGACGAACAAAAUGCAAUUAAUAAUGAAUUAGAUUCUGGUCAAAUUAUUGUUGCGACAAAUCUUGCUGGUCGAGGUACAGAUAUUGGUACAACACAUAAAGUUGAAGAAAAUGGUGGUCUUCAUGUAUUAGUCACAUUUUUACCUUUAAAUACACGUGUUGAACAUCAAGCAUUCGGUCGAACUUCAAGACAAGGAAAACGUGGUACAGCACAAUUGAUCGUAUUGGCACCUAUUAAUGGUGAAACUAAGUAUGAUAAUAUUAUACAACUGAAAGAAUAUAGAGACGAGCACGAAAAACGACAUAUAGAUCGAGCGAAACGUAUUGAAUUGAAUCGUAUUGAAAGACGUGAUAGAUUAUUUGGAAAAUUUUGUGAUUUACGUACAGAAUUACGUCAAAAAGAAAAUGAUAAAUACAAAUUAGAUUGUGUAGAAGAAUUAUGGGGAUUUUGGCUUAAAACUACAUUCUCAAAUGAAGAUUCUACUGAUGAUAAAGAUGAUAAUCUCAGUGAUCAAUUACUCGAUACUAAAUUCGAAGCAUUUCGAUCAAAAAUUUUAGCUGAUUAUAAUUCAGAUGAAAUUUUUCAAAAUCCAUUUUAUUUAAUUUUAAAAGCAAAUGAAUAUAUAUUCGAAAAGAAAAAUUAUGAAGAAGCAAUUAGUUUUUUACAAACAGCUAUUAAAUCCGAUCCAAUAUUUACAAUUAGUGCACGAUAUAAUUUAGCCUAUGCAUUAAUUAAACAAAAGAAUGCUAAUAAAACAGAAGCUAAAUCUGAAUUAGAAGCAGCUUUAAAAAUUAUUGAUGAAAUUUUAAUACCACAAGAAGAAACGAUAGUAAUUUCUUUUCGAACAGUUUCUAAUGAUACUAAUAAUAAUACAACUGAUAAAAAAAGUGAUGUUGAAGAUCAAAUUAUGAAUCGUAUUAAUCUUUUAUGUUUAUGUAAGAAUCAAAUGGAACAAGCAAAAACUGUUAUUGAUAAUGCAGAAAGUAAAGAUCAAAAUGUUCGAAUGCAAUAUAAGAAAUUGGAUGAAUUUUUUAAUGAUAUUAAUAAACCUACAUUAGAUAUAAAUGAAUUUAAACAAAAUGGAAUAUUAGGAUUUUUUCAAUUAACUCAAAAAGAACCAACACCUUGGUUGAGUAUAAUUGCUGUGGGUCUAAUUGGUAUUGCACAAGCAGUUGCCGGUGCAGCUAUUAUUGCCUUUACUGCUGGUGCUGCAGCAUCAAUUGGUAACAUGUUAUUAACUGAAGGUAUUGGUGAUAUGAUAACUGCAAUAAGAAGUGCCAUUAUAGGUGAAUUUAGUUGGAAAGAAUAUGCAAUACAAAAAGCAAUUAGUAUUACUAUUACUAUAGCAACAUGUGGUAUGGUAGCAUUGAAAGAAACAGGUCAAGCAAUUAAAUCUGGCUUCAAAGGUUGCGCUAGUAUAAUCAAAUCAGCUAGUAUUGGUGGUAAACAAUUAAUUGGACAAUUUACAAAAGAAGGUUGGAUACUUGUUGGUAACCAAAUUGGUCAAGCAUUUGUUAAAGCUGGUACUAAAGAAAUCCUUAAAACUGUAUUAGAUAAAACAAUUUUAACUCAAUUAAGUAAACGAAUAAAUGAAGAAAUUUGUGAACAUAUUCAAAAACGAGUUAAUAAUGAAAUAAAUCUUAAUCAAACAAUUAAAGAUUUCUUAAUUAUUGAUGCUAGUUUACAUCGAACAAAUGCAUGUCAUAAUGAAAUUGAAAAUUUAGUAAACAGAAUAUUACAUCCACAAAGUAAUCGAUUUCUCAAUGCAGCUAUUUCAAUUGUUAAAGGUAUAACAAAUCAAUUAACUAAUGGUGUUAGUGCACGUACAUUAAAAAUAUUUACUGCAGGCAAAUGUCUUACAGAUUUAUUAAAAAUUUUAGAUGAAUUUUUUAUUGAAUUUAAACGUGAUUUAGAUAAAUUACGAGAUAAAUUAAAAAUUGAUCAUUUACUUUAUAAAAAUAAUUCAAAUAAUAUUGAUCAACGAACAGCAAAAGAAAUAACUGAACAAUUAAAAAAAGAAAAAUAUAUUGAAAAAGAUCAUAUUAAAAUUCUUAAACCACUUAAUCUUACUUCAAUUACAUUAAAACAACAUAAAAAACAUGAAAAUUAUGUUGUUCAAGUUUGUAAUGAUAUUUAUAUUGAAACUACAAAACAUGCUGAAUAUGGAUUCGAAAAAAGUAUGAUUACAAAAACGUUAACUGAUCAAUUAGCUACUUAUAUGACGAAUCGACUUAAUGCUGAACUUAUCAAUCCUGUUGUUCAUACUGGUGUAGAUGCUACUGUAGAUCAUUUAUCAAAUAAAAUUGAAAAAGCAUAUGCUGAUACUAGAGGAACAUUACAAGAACAAAUUAAAAAUCGUAGAGCUCAAAAUGAUAUUAUUCGAGGGGGAAGAGAUAUUUGGAAACAUGCGAAUAAAGAUACACAAAGAACAAACACUCAACUGGAUGAACAAUUGAUCGACUCAAAUGUUGAAAAAUUAGCUCAGAAUGUUGAAAAUGGCGCUCCCGGUGAUUUAAAAGAUAUUAUGGCUAUAGGUGCUAAACUUGGACGUCCAAUACAGAUUUUUAGAAAUGGAGUAUACGAUAUGACCAUUGGUGAUAUGAAUGCUGGUAAACCAUUGAAGGUUGAUUUCGGAGAAAACAAAACAGGUGAUAUUGGACAUUAUACCAGUGUAGAUAGUAGUACAGUUGUUAUUCCUACCGGUGCUAAAAAUUGUUGCUUUGAUACACUUAGUGCACAAACAAAUUUAUCAUCUACUGAAUUGAGACAAAUGGCAGCUGAUGUUAUUCGAGAAAAUUCUGAUUCAUAUGCUAAAAUGAUGCCAUCUGUUCAUUAUCUUGCUGAACAUCAAAAUCAAAACUUACUUUACAUAGGAGGUAAAAAUAAUCAAUCCAAUCGUAUUUCAGAAAGCCAAUCGAAAUACUCAACAAAAAGAAUUAAUUUAAUCUUAAGUGAUCCUCGAUUACCAUCAAGGGAAAAACUUUCGGUUCAACUUGAUGAUUUAAUUAAACUCAUUGAAAAACAUAAUAAAUCAUCGGAAGGUAAAAUUAAUCCAAUCGAAUGCCAAGAAAUUUUAGAAGGAAUAAAAUGCGAUAUCAACAAUGCAAAAGUGGCGAGUGAAAUUGCUGAAAGUCCAGAAGUUAGAAAUAUAUUCUAUAAUGCCAUAAACCGACGUUUCGAAGAUUUUCGAGAAAAAAAUAAUUUAAUACUUGCUAAUAGAGUUCUUGGUACUUCAUCAGAUGAAAUUGCAAGAAAUUUUGAUUUUAUGGCUUCGACAUGGAAAGCCAAAACUCAUUGUGCUACUCCAGCAGAAGUUUACUUUAGUCAAGAUAAUGUCAAUGCAUAUUUUAGAGGCUAUACCACUGAUGAAGCUCAACAGUCUAUUCCAAACAAUGUUUUAGAUAUAUUAAGAGCCAAUCCAGAUCCUAGAGUUGAUACAGAAGGAAAAGAAAUUGUGGAAAAAUUUAGUGCUUCAGUACUUCCAGUAAAGUAUUUCGUUCAUGAAAAUAAAAUUAUCACUAUCAAUAAUAGAGGACUAACGGCUCAUAAGCUCGUGAAACGCGAACCAAAUAGACUUAUUCCAGCAAAACCAACAAAAGAAGAAUUAGAUCGACUUCAAAAGAAAGGAAUGCCUAGUAGAGAUAUUCCUAAAUCUCGCAACAGCUAA